GCCGGUGAUUUUCCACUAUGAAUCUGAUGCUACUAACUCAUAUACACUGGGAGCCCAGAGCCUCUAUGCAGUGUAAGCUGGGAGCUCAUGUACACAGGACACACUGAGUGUAUGAGAGCAGGGAGCUGCCACCCACCCAUACACAGCCAUAAGGGGACACCUGCAGAUACAUCACAGGAGACUGAACAAUGUGUAAUAAAGAGAAGCUUCAGUGUCUGAAGGAUUUCCACAAGGACAUUCUGAAACCUUCUCCAGGCAAGAGCCCUGGAACCAGACCAGAAGAUGAAGCAGAUGGAAAACCCCCUCAGCGGGAGAAAUGGGCCAGCAAGAUUGACUUUGUACUUUCUGUUGCUGGAGGGUUCAUUGGACUAGGCAAUGUCUGGAGGUUCCCGUACCUCUGCUACAAAAAUGGCGGAGGUGCCUUCCUAAUCCCAUAUUUUAUAUUCCUGUUUGGGGGUGGUUUACCUGUGUUUUUCCUGGAAGUGGCUUUGGGACAGUUUACUUCUGAAGGAGGAAUAACCUGCUGGGAGAAGAUAUGUCCUGCCUUUACAGGUAUUGGAUAUGCCUCAAUUGUCAUUGUGUCCCUGCUAAACGUGUACUACAUUGUGAUUCUUGCAUGGGGAGUUUACUACCUGUUCCAGUCAUUCCAAGAACAGCUGCCAUGGGCUCUCUGCCACCAGGAAUGGAACACAGAAAGCUGUGUGGAGGACACUAUCAGGAAAAACAGGACCCUGUGGAUGUCAAUGAACUCUACAAACUUCACCUCUCCUGUUACAGAAUUCUGGGAGCACAAAGUUCUAAGCUUAUCAAAGGGAAUUGAUGAUGUUGGAGUACUGAAGUGGGAUCUAGCUCUGUGUUUGCUGCUGACAUGGGUCAUAUGUUUCUUUUGCAUCUGGAAAGGAGUGAGAUCCACUGGGAAGGUGGUUUAUUUCACGGCCACGUUCCCCUUUAUCAUGCUCCUUGUACUGUUGAUCCGAGGGGUCACUCUGCCAGGGGCAGCAGAAGGGAUCAAGUUCUACCUGUACCCAGACAUCACCCGCCUGGCAGAUCCCCAGGUGUGGAUCGAUGCUGGGACCCAGAUUUUCUUCUCUUAUGCCAUCUGUUUGGGAGCCAUGACCUCCUUGGGCAGCUACAACAAGUACAAGUACAACUGUUACAGGGACUGUAUGCUGCUGGGAUGCCUCAACAGUGGUACCAGUUUUGUGUCUGGCUUCGCAAUUUUUUCCGUCCUGGGCUUCAUGGCACAAGAGCAAGGGGUGGACAUUGCAGAUGUGGCAGAGUCAGGUCCUGGCCUGGCUUUCAUUGCUUACCCCAAGGCAGUGUCCAUGAUGCCUCUACCCUCCUUUUGGGCCAUCCUAUUCUUUAUUAUGCUUCUGCUGCUUGGGCUGGAUAGCCAGUUUGUUGAAGUUGAAGGACAGAUCACAUCUCUAGUUGAUCUGUAUCCGUCCUUCCUACGGAAGGGUUACCGGCGAGAAAUGUUCAUCGCUGUAGUGUGUAUCCUCAGCUAUCUUCUGGGGUUAACCAUGGUUACUGAAGGUGGCAUGUACAUGUUCCAACUCUUUGACUACUAUGCAGCUAGUGGUGUUUGCCUCCUGUGGGUUGCAUUCUUUGAAUGUGUUGCUGUAGCCUGGGUUUAUGGCACUGAUAAAUUUUAUGAUAAUAUAGAAGAUAUGAUUGGAUAUAAACCGGGACCUUGGAUGAAGUGGAGCUGGACUGUGAUCACUCCUCUUCUCUGUGUGGGCUGUUUUAUAUUCUCAUUAGCCAAGUAUGCCCCACUCACCUACAACAAGUAUUAUGUCUACCCAGACUGGGCAAUUGGACUGGGCUGGGUCCUUGCUUUGUCAUCUAUGAUCUGCAUCCCCUUGGUCAUGGUGUUCCGCAUUGCACGUUCUGAAGGCUCUCUCAUCGAGAGGAUUAAAGCUGUUACAGCUCCCAAAGAAGUAAACCGUUGGGCCAAGGAUUCGGAAGGAGCUACUCCAAUCUGCACAAAUGGAGGCUUUGAAAAGCCAACGCAUGUUAUUGUGGAGACCAUGAUGUGAUCAGGCUCCCAAGCUUCCCCCAGUCUAGGGAGGGACAGUUGUGUUCUAAGCUGUUUACUAACCUUCUCCUUAGAUCAAGGAUGUCCAAUGUGAGGCCCUUUAGAUGUUGUUGAACUCCCCUCAACUUGAAUGUGGGGUGCAGGGGGUUGUAAUUCCAACGUCAACUGGAGGGCCACAGAUUGGCAAUCCCUGCCUUAGAUACAGGUUUAUGGAGAUCUCUGUUUGCACUAGAAUUUGAUUCUUUUGGCUCUUGUAGAGUAUAUUGUGUUUUUAUAUAUAUAUAUCUAUAUAUAUCUAUAUAUAUAUAUAUCUAUAUAUAUCUAUAUCUA